AUGAUUGGGCUUGUCAUCUUCACCUUGUUGGCAGCCUUUGUCGGCCGGCUCAUGCUGGGGCUUCUACGGAACCGACGUAUCGCGCGAGCGACUGGACUGCCAUGCGUUCUAUUCCCGGUCUCGGAAUUUAACGUCAUUUACCAGAUGCUUUUCGAGAAUUCCACGUUUCUGUACGUGGUGAAUAAUCGCCUGCCGCAAUGGCUGGCGGACUACAUCACGGGCAGCACAUACAGAGGGCGUUGGACGGCUAAGGACCGGCCAUGUAAGCGAUAUGGCAAGUCUCGCAAAUCUUCAAAGCCCGUCGAAGUUUUCCUAAACCUGUCCAAAUAUAUUGUGAGCAGUAUCGUUCCGUGCACGUCGGUUGAACUAACGGUGUACAUCGGGAAAGCUGGUCUCGAUCUAUUUGGGCCAAAUGUCGUUGUGUCAGAAUAUCAGGAGUGGGCUCAUCAUCGCCAUCACACAGCCCCACCUUUCAAUGAAAAAAACAACGUCUUAGUUUGGCAGGAAGCGAUUCGCGUAUCGACAGAGAUGAUAGAGCACUGGAGAAAUCUACACUCUGAAAGAUCUUCUCCGACCGAGUUUAUCGUGCCAAACACUCGUGAAGACAUUCUCAAACUAACACUUUACGUGCUCUGUAGUGCUGGGUUUGGAGUGAAGCUGCCUUUCCAGAACGCAGUGGAAGCGACCAUGGCAGACACAAAAGCACUGUUCCGAGAUGCCCAGUUACCUCCGCCGGGCUACCAAUUCACAUUUCGAGCAGUGAUGGAGUAUCUCAACACGAAUUUGAUCAGCAUCUUUUUCGCGAACGGGGUCAUUCCACAAUGGGUUCCCCGCUGGAUGCUGCCCUUCUGCAAAACAGACUUCUACGCAUAUGAUGAUCUAGUUAAAUAUUUUCGUGAACUCGUAUCAUCCGCCGAUACUAGCAAACUGUCCACUCCCAACUUGCUCGAGGAAAUGGUACGCUCCCAGUUGUACAAUGACAAAGGCCAGGAACGCGGGUUAUCCGACCAGGAAAUACAGGGCAACAUGUUUAUCUUCGUCAUAGCUGGACAUGAAACUACAGCAACAGCAUUACGUUUUGCGCUUGUCCUACUGGCAAUCGAUCAGGAGACUCAGGACUGGGUGAGCAAAGAUAUUCUAGAAGCGAUUCACCCCGAACCGGUCGAACAAGCCAAGUGGGACUAUAAUGCUUUAUUUCCUAAGCUCGUAGCCCCAUUAUGUGUCAUGCUCGAAACCCUUCGGCUUUAUCCACCAGUGGUCACUGUGCCAAAAUGGACAGGGGGCUCCCCCGCAGAGAUCGUCUAUGAUGGCCAGCAUUACUUGCUCCCAGCCCAUACCGGUGUCAAUUUAAACGCCGUUCCGCUACACUAUGCAUCAGAGUACUGGGGGCCCACUGCAUUGGAUUUUGACCCUUCACGUUGGGAUAAAAGAAACACACAGAGCUAUCUUGCAGAAAACGGCGACAUGGAUGGACUCACAGCUCCUGGGUUGGAAUACAGCACCAUUCACAAGCCUAUUCGAGGCGCCUAUUUUCCGUUUGCCGAUGGCAAUCGGGCUUGUCUCGGUAAAAAAUUUGCGCAAACAGAAUUUGUUGUCACAUUGGCAGUCAUAUUUCGGGAAUACCAGGUCAAGUUGGCGAGGAACAAAGACGAGACCCAGGAAGCAGCACUUCAACGCGCGAAAAAGAUCUUGAACGAAAGCUCUUCGUUAAUAACUCUAGCUAUGCGCGAUGCGGUUCCAUUACAGUUUGUCAAACGAAGGUGA